UUGUUGGGAUAAUACAUUGUACAAUUGCAGACAUGAUUUUUGUUGUUCUCUUUGCAAGUUUGAUUUGUUAUGGAAAUAUUGUGCAGUGCCAUAAACACGAGAUAGUUGAAGAUUUACUAAAUGUUAUCUUCAAACUAAAGAAAUAUGGAGGCUUUGGAGGAGGUGAGAAGUCUAUCCCAGCUUUUACAGCAAAUUUGUCGAAGCAUUUUACUCCGCAAAUCAAUCAGAUCAUAAAAUUCGACUCCGUAAAGACAAAUGUUGGUGGGCAUUACUCGCCAAGUACUGGAAUUUUUACGACACCAAGAAACGGACUUUAUAUGAUAUCUGCAACAAUGAGAUCAGAUGGUUCAAAGCACUUGCAUUGUGAGCUAUGGGUCAAUGAUGCUAUGAAAGAAAAACUCUUUGGCACCAAUUAUUCUACGGGAACUAUAAACGCCGUCUUACAAUUAAAAACAGGAGACAAGGUUUUCAUCAAAAAAGACCAGCAUAGUGGAGAAACUAUAGUUGGAGGAGAUUGGUCAAUGUUUUCUGGUUAUUUCAUUGCGGCAUAAAAAGGCCUAAAUUUGUCACCAAUUGAUACCCUUAAGAAUCUUGUAGAU